AUGCCGCCAUCCACCUCGCACCACACCCUGCCCCCCUUCCCUGACGACAUCCCGACCGCGCCGCUGCUCACGAUCCACCUCUCCAAGCUAGAAGCCGGCGAUGAGGGCGAGUCGUCCCGCUUCUUCCAGGCGUGCAAGGACCUGGGCUUCUUCUACCUGGACAUGUUUGGCUCUACCCUGGGCGAGCGGGUCGUGUCACUCGCCGAGGACGUGAAUGCGCUGCAGAACCGCUGGUGGGCUCUCCCCAACGAUGUCAAGGAUCAGUAUGGCCGCCCGCACCUGCACGAGUUCUUCGCGUACCGCUACGGCGAAGUUACCGGGCAGUAUGACGCCAACGGGGAGCUGGUCCGUAACCAGAACUACAACAUCCGUAAGGAUUGUGUGCUUGGUCUGGACGAGCGGCUGGCUUGCCACCAGAUGAUCACGGAUGCGCAGGAGACGCUGGAGGGCUACAUGCGCUCUUGCCACCAGGUCAUGGACAUUCUGUUUGAGCACCUCGAGAAGAACCUCGGCCUAGCAAAGGGCACGCUGCUCGAGAUGCACCGUCUGAACGAGCGCUCUGGCGACCACAUCCGUUUCACCCGUGCGCCCGCCCAGCCGUUCAACGAGGUCAUCGCGCAGCAGGGCGAGCACACCGACUUUGGGUCUCUGACGAUCCUGUUCAACUGGCUUGGCGGUCUGCAGAUCCGCCGCCCCGACGACGGCAAGUGGGUCUACGUCAAGCCUGUGACCGGGCAUCCGAUCGUGAACCUCGGCGAUGCCAUGGUCACGUUCACGGCGGGCAUUCUGCGCUCCAAUAUCCACCGCGUCGUGCCCCCUCCCGCGCCGCAGGACGGGCUGGACCGCUCGUCGCUCGUCUUCUUCCGCCGGCCCGAGAACAGCGUCAUCCUCCGCCGCCUCAAGGGCGGGCUCAUUGAUGCACAGCCCCCGACGGCGGAUGGGCCAGAAAUGACUGCCGAGGAGUGGUGGAUGGCCCGCGGUACUGGCAAGAUGCCUGGCAUCUUUACCAAGAACGGCUUCGAACCCCAUGUCGGCGGAGACCUGUACGCCGGCCAGACAGCCAAGUUCUCGCAGGCGAACACGCCUCCGGUCGCUGUCAAGUAA